GAUUCAAAGUCAGGCUGUGAUUGGACAUGCAAGUAUAACACCUUUUAAUUGUGGUUUAUGCACCAAAGCGUUCAAAGACUUGAACACCUUACAGAAACACAUACGAAACCGUACAACUGAUGAAGCUUUUCAAUGUGAUUUCUGUUUAAAAAACUUCAGCCUGUCUCGUAACUGAAUCAAACAUAAAAGAAUACAUACUGGAGACAAACCUUAUAAUUGUGUGUGGGAAGGCAUUCAGCCAGUCAUAUACCUGUCAGGAACACUCGAGGAUACAUUCAGGUGAUAAACCUAAAAAGUGUGAUGUGUGUGGGAAGGCUUUCAACAAAGUAGGUAACUUAAACUGCUACAUGAAGUUACACACAGGUGAUAAAUCCUAGUGUGAUGCGUGUGGGAUGGAAUUCAACCAAUCAGAGAACUUGCAGAAAGACAUUAUGACACAUACAGGUAAUAAACAUGCUGCAGACAAACCUUAUAAAUGUGAUAUGUGUGAAAAGGCAUUCAAUUGGCCAGGAAAAUUACAGGUACACAUGAGAACACACACUGGUGAAAAACCUUAUAAAUGUGAUAUUUGUGGGAAGGCAUUUGCACUGCUGCAUCACCUUCAGGAUCACACAAAUAUUCAUACAGGUGAUAAACCUUAUAUAUGUGAUGUUUGUGGGAAAACAUUCAACAGAUUAAAUGCCUUACAGAGGCACAUGAGAACACACACAGGUUAUAAACCUUAUAAAUGUGAUGUGUGUGGGAAAGCAUUCAGCCAGUCAUGUCACUUUAAAGAACACAUGAGGAUACAUACAGGUGAUAAACCUUAUAAAUGUGAUGUGUGUGGGAAUGCAUUCAACCAGUCACAACAAUUACAGAAACACACGAGGACACAUGCAGGUGAUUAUCCGUGUAAAUGUUUUGUGUGUAGGGAGGCAUUCAUCAACAUACACCACAUACAGAAGCACAUGAGGACACAUACUGGUGAAAAAUCUUAUCAAUGUGAUGUGUGUGGGAAAGCAUUCAGCCAUUCACAUCACUUACAGACACACAGGAGAACACAUACAGGUGAAAAACCUUAUAAAUGUGAUGUUUGUGGAAAGUUAUUUACCCGGAAAGAUCACUUACAAAGACACCUGAGAAUACAUACAGGUGAUAAACCUUACAAAUGUAAUGUAUGUGACAGCUCAUUCAAAUAUGCCAAUGAUUUAAAAAGACAUAUAACUACACACACUGGAGAGAAAAUGUGAUUUCCGUCCAAGAGCAUAUUGUAAAAAGUCAGAUCUAGAUAGACAUCUGAAGAUACACACAUGUGAUUAACCUGUUAAAUGGUGUUGUGUGUGGAAAGGCAUUCAACCGAUUGCACACGUUAAAGAUCUACAUACAGACACAUUGUGGCGAGAAACCUUAGUAUUGUGAUGUCAUUAUCCACAAAUAGCAUAUGAUGUUUUUGGGAAGUCAAUUGAAACAGAACUAUACAUAGAGUUUAAAAGAUCAGUUAUAUGUAAUUAAGAAAUUGAAAUAAAUACAUCAGGAAUAUGAAAAUGAUUUAACUGUGAUUUGUUCCAUAGAUCUUUUUUUUUAAAGAGAAAGCUCUCCGUUGCAGAUAUAUAC